AUGUCGUCAGAGCCUACCACGGUUGAACAUUCCCGACCUGAGACUCCCAGUUCGACCCACCUGGUUUCUAGCCUGGAAAGAGACCCAUUAAUCCCACAAAGACGUCAACUUGUGGAUCCAGAUGACCCCAUUGUGUCUCCAUUGAGGGUUCCAAAGAUCAAGGUUCUCCGUCUGUUUCUUUUGAUUGUGUUGGGCUUAAAUUUAGUGCUCUUUUUGUUGGUCUUAGUUAGUGACUUCAUCUCCAUUCCUGGUUUCAACUCCCGAGGAAGGCUGUUCUUCGAAUUGGACUUGACCAUCUUCAACGUUCUUACCAGCGGAGUCACUUUGUGGUGUUUUGCUGUUCCAGCCUAUUACGAACGUGUCGUCGGAUACGUGACUCUCGUGUUGGCUGUCAUUGAUAUAAUCAUUAUCUUGAGUGUAUCCUACCUUCGGAUUCAUAAGGGAGCACUUGGAAUAAACUUGAUGAUAUGGACGGUUUUGAAUUUGGGCUUUAACUGUUUUGCGGACUUCUUGGUUGAGCAAACUAAGGCAGAGCAGGAGAUCAAGUAUACUGGCCGUGUGGAAAAGCGCAAGUCUUUGACUGAGCUCUUCGUUAUGUUCGUAAAGAUUACAAUUAAAGUCGUGCUUCUUUUGUUGAUUUGGAACAUUUCUUUGUCGUUGUGGCUCGCAGCGUUCGAUACUCAUGAGAAGCCCUGGGGCAAGAUGAUCCCAGUUAAUGAGAAUCUGUUUGAUGUUCAUCUUUCAUGUUAUGGAGACGUCCAUGCAAAAAUGGCCAAUGGAUCCCACAUUGCAGAAGAUGAAAAUCUUGCCAAGCAGCCUAUCAUCUUGGUUGAAGGUGGACAGCUGACCUCAGCUGAAGUGUUCCAAGAAUGGAUCCAAGAAUUGUAUCACAUGAACAAGAUUGAGCGUUACUGUAUCUGGGACAGGCCAGGCUACGGCUUCUCUGACAGUGCUCCUUCUCCGUUAUCCAUAUCUAUCACUAUCGAAUACCUCAUGGAGGCACUUAGUAAAGAAAAGAUUGAGGGACCUUUCAGUGCAGUUGGUUUUGAUAGUGGAGGCCUCUAUUCUCGAGUGUUUACCCUGAGAAAUAGAGGACAAAUGCACUCGAUGUUGUUGGUUGAUAGUUGGCACGAGGAUCUUUUGAAGCAUUUCCCCUUUAGUGGCACCAACAAGAAGAAUGAAAGCAGACGCACCUUCAAGAAUAUUCUCGAACUCAUGGACUCGUGGCAGGGAUUUAAGGUGUGGCUUCGAGGCGUGGCUUCACCUGUUGGAAUUGUCCGCAAUUUCCAUUGGUUUCUCCAUCCCAGAAGAUAUCUGUCCAAGAGCCGGAUUUUUGGAAGGGAUAUGGUGAGAAGUCCCAAGUACUUGCGGGCCAGACUUCAGGAGCAGGUUACUGCGUCGGUCUUGUCGUUCAACGAGGUAAAGAAUGCGGAUGUUAAGACAAUCCCGUUGUCUGUAGUUCUGUCAGAUUUCAUGAUUCAGAACUCAUUGAAUUGGGGCAAGUGGCAGCGAGAGUUGACAAAAAUCAGUAGCCAGACGUUGGAGUGGGUUGUGGCAGAGAAUACUGGUCAUUGGAUCUGGGAUAGCCCGAAGGGACGUGACCAGCUCCAGCAAGUUCUUUUACGUUUAGUGAGUGAGAAGUCCAACUACUGA